AUGAAGGUGAAGAAGGGUUGGCUGGCAGUUGAGGUAGAGGAAGAAGCAGAAGAGGGUUGUGGAGAAGGGUCUCAGAGAUUCAUGAUUCCAAUUUCGUAUCUUUAUCACCCACUCUUCAACAACCUUCUCGAUAAGGCUUACGAGGUUUAUGGGUACCACACAGAGGGUCCCCUCAAGCUCCCAUGUUCAGUUGACGACUUUCUUCAUCUCCGAUGGAGAAUCCACAAAGAAUCCACCACCCACCAUCGCCACAACCACAACCACAACCAUCAUCAUCAUCAUCAACUUUCUCACUCCCAUUUCCUCUCUUGUGAUUACACUUUCAUAAUUGCUAAAGGGUGUGAUGCGUGGAAAAUGCAAGGUGGUUUUGAAGUUGUUGAAAUGAGAAAGAUGGAUCUUUGGAUUCCCCCGCGCGCUUGA